AUGGAAGACUUGACCUCGCCCACAUCAACUGACCCCAACCAUAACAGGUCGCUGUCGAUAUCGACAGCGCACGCAUCUCUGCAACGCCCAAACAUUGCCCGCGCUGCCACCACGACUGCCGCCGUGAGCCCUGGAACCAUCAUCACCCGAGCGCGACGGGAACCUGCCCGGCCGGAACUGCCACGCGCCAUCACCUCCACGGCAUCUCUCAUCGGCCGACCUCAUCUCUCCAAGGACACGACGGACCGCAUGGACCACCCGAGGGCUUCCUUCCUCUCCCGCGCAACCCAGGCGAUCUCCAAUCAACUGGAACUGGGCCCCAACGACCACCGCAAUGCGCCUCCUGCUCCUUCAAAUUGGAGUGACGCCCUGCACCGCAAGUACCUAGUCCGCCUGUGGGACAUGGUCGAGGAGAAAGCCGCCAAGUCCAAGUCCCAGGUCUCCACCACCACGCGAGUCGUCGGCACGGAGAAGUCGAUGCUCCACAACUUCCCCGAGCUGGGCAAGGGAGAUGUCGUGCUGAACCGAGAUUGGGUCGAAUACGUGCUUGGCGUGGCGUUGAGGCAUCCCUUCUGUACCACGGAGAGGAUGGGUCGUUGGGAGAUUCUUGCCUCUAGUGGUGGCGCCCGGGGGACGUGGGGACCGUGGUGA